AUGAUAUACAGAGCGAUCACGCUUUUCGUCGCCGUCCAGUCGGUCGUCGUCGCUUCGCCCACGGCAACCAUGUCGCAUGGCGAGAACAUCGUCUCCCCGAUCGGAACGUUUUACCACCCGACGCCGUCUUCCAGGGCCAGGAGCUUUCCGGAAGUGGGCAAGCUUCCCAGGACGUCAGCCAUGUCCAAAAAGCUUCCGGCAAGCGGACCCGACAAGUGGCUCAAGCUGAGUAAUGCAGGUAACAGCCAUUUGUCACGCAAUGGACGCUUUCCUGCUUUGGCGGACACAUAUCAACCACCCAGGACGCGAUCUAACCAUAUGCGCUUAGAGGAAUCACAUAGGUCGGAGGAGGAAAGGGCGGAAAAGAUCAACUCCGACCUGGAGAAGAUGAUACAGUUCAUGACAGUUCUAGGUCAGGUUGACCGGUAUCUGUCAUCAAGAGCCAAGUCCUUCGUCAGCACUCUGGGCCGGGCAAUGGAAAACAAUCCCGAUGACCAUCACCUUUAUAAUGACAAGGAAGUGCCUUUAGAUUACUGA